AUGUCAAUUAUUGCUGAAAACCCCACAACAAUUGUUGACUUGCCUGUUCAAAAUGAUAUAAUCGACAUAGAAUCAAGGCAAUUUAAAAAUUUCUUUAAAGGAGAAAAUAAAUUAAUCGAAAAAGCUCUUAUUGACCAUAUCAAUGAAGUUGACCAUGAAGAGUGUGAGCCUGGCGACGAGGACUCGUUCUUUGUUUGCGACUUGAACCAAGUUUACAAAUCAGUUCAGUUGUGGAAACAACAGUUGCCUCGUGUUCAAGCACACUAUGCUGUUAAAUGUAAUACCAAUAUGAAGGUGGUUGAGUUUUUGGCUGAUAAGGGAGUCAAUUUUGAUUGUGCAUCCAAGAAUGAGAUUGAUGCAGUUUUACAGUUGGGUGUUGCUGCAGAGAGAAUUGUAUAUGCCAACCCAUGCAAAACCAAUUCUUUUAUUAGACAUGCAAGAGAUAAUCAAGUAAACCUCACUACUGUUGACAAUGUUAAUGAGUUGGUUAAAUUGUCCAAAUUCCACCCAGAAUGUGGUAUCCUUGUGAGAAUCAUUACUGAUGAUGAGUCGUCUCAAUGUCGUCUUAGCACAAAAUUCGGAUGCUCUGUAGAAACUGCAGUAAAGGAAAUCCUUCCAACUGCCAAAAAUUUGGGCUUACCAGUAGUUGGUGUGGCAUUCCAUGUGGGCUCUGGAGCCAAGGAUUUUCAGGCCAUUUACCAGGCCAUCAGAGAUUCAAGAAUCGUAUUCGAUUACGGUAUUGACCUUGGAUUUAAGAUGAAGAUCUUGGAUAUAGGUGGUGGAUUUGAAUUUGAUACAUUUGUCGAAUCCUCAAAGAUGGUUAAUGUAUCGAUUGACAAAUUCUUUCCUGAUCUGUUUGUCAAAGAAAACGGAAUCAGCUUUAUAGCUGAACCAGGUAGAUUCAUGGUGGCCAAUGCAUUCACGUUGGCUACUCAUGUCAUUGCGAAACGUGACAUAAACGGAUCAGCAAAAGCAAUGUUGUACAUCAAUGAUGGUGUUUACGGUAAUUUGAAUUGCAUUUUGUUUGAUCACCAGGAACCAACUGCGCGUAUUUUGAAAAGCGGCGGCCAGUUCCAUUACGGAGAAAAAGAUCAAAGAAGGUUUGAAUACUCCAUUUGGGGGCCAACAUGUGAUGGCUUGGAUUGUGUAUCCGCCUCGAGUCACUUGAACUGCAAUGUUGCUGUUGGUGAUUGGUUAUAUUUCCCAAACUUGGGCGCCUACACUAGCUGCGCCAAAACCCAAUUUAACGGGUUUAAAAAUGAUACAGAAGUUAUUUAUAUCCCUGUACAAGAGUAA